AUGGAUAUCCUCGCUGCAGAGGUCGAUCGAAUCGUCUUUACUCCGUAUCCUACCCAGUUGAAGUCUUUACAUGAUAUCGUUUCUCGAACAUCCGAGGCAAACAUCUGCCUAUGGGCUUCCUGCUAUCACUGUCGCAUUCCUUCUCUGAGUCAAGCCCUUAUAGAUGCUCUACCACAAUGGCCAUAUGUCUUAGAAAUCAUCACUCGCCUAUCUUGUGCCCUUGAUGUCAGAAACUCGCUUGUGCUGAGAGAGCCGUCCUUGUUGCCUCGCCUUCUAACACAUGCUUUGGAGUCGCGAGGCGAGAGCAGAAAGUAUGUGGACGCUGCCGUGGCUCUCCUGUCUCAUCCUUUACCCUCCGAUGUGCCUCUACCAGCAACUGCUCAGAACUUCAUGCUCCAGCUGUUCGACCUUGCUGCCACUCAGCCAAAUGCUGCCACCGUCCAGCAAAUUCACCGACUGGUCUAUGGUGCUUGCAAACCCAUCCUUGGCAUCCUCUCCCCUGGUGUACUGGCCCAUCUGGAAGACUACAUCUUCUCCAUCUUGAAGAGCUCUUCUGGCGUUGAGGAUCAGUCUCUGGGUAUGUACUGUCUUGCUAUCAUGAGAAUGAUACUCGAGAAGUUUCAGACCGAGGUUGGAAACGAUGCUAUGUGGCCUACUUUCGAUCAUCCUAUCGAUUCUUCCAACUCACAAUGGACGCCUGAUGCAAUCAAGCAAUUCUUCAACGGCAACAAGACGCACAAGACUAUGCAGCUGCUGGUGUUGCGAGUCAUCUGGGCAUGCAGGCCAGAAUCAGCAGAUCCGACUGGACAAGGUCUUACUAGUGUUACUCUUGUCAACCAGAUCUUAGCUGGAGUAUCCCAAUCCGCCGUCAUAGAAUGGUCUUACAAGAAUGCAGUCAUAGUGCGAAAGCUGCAGGAGAAGUGCCUUGUGCCUGAUAUUCUUCCUGCUCUCCGCUUCCAGGUUCUCACUUUCCUGAGUUCACUUUCUGACAAGGUCGUACUACCAUCUCAAGCAACACUUUUCUAUGAGAGAUCGCUGCUGGAUUUAAGCGCCACUUCCAUGAAACAUGAGCAUCUGGACAUGUCGCUCCGUCUAUCUCUUUUCCGCUUGUCUUCGAACUUCAAAUCCGAGUGGUGGGGAGAACUCCUAGAUAAGGUCAUGGACUUGUUGACAAAUUCGCCGCCCACAGAAUUAUUCAACUCGGCCGAUAGCUAUAUCUUGUUUCUUGGUUGUAUCGCUGACAUGGUCGACGAGAACGAGUCUUGUCGUCGCGGUAUACUUGCAACCCUGCACUCUGGUCACAACCGCCAGAAGCUGGAGUAUUUCUUUGCCGAUCUGGAGACAUCGCCUGAAAUUGAUACAGGUCACAGCACAAACAGAUUCUGCAUUGCUUCAUACACGACCUGGAGGAACAAGCUGAAGUCUUCGCUCUGCUCUCUAUUGCUCCGUGCAGCUUUAGCCGCUCCGCAAGAAGAGACUUCCUCAAUACGCCGGAUGCUGCCCGAGAUCCUUCGACACCAUGCAGUCGUUGAGUCGAGUAAACCAGCAUGUCCCAUCUGUGUACAGACGAAACUCAAAGCACCACAAAGACCAACACCGUUUGUGGAGAUCGAAGCCACACCAGAAUCUCAGGAUGCAAGUCUACAUUGGAAGGAGCGUCUGGGCGCAGUGAUGCAGACGCAUGCCAAGUAUCAGGAAACUUCCUUGGUAGCCUCUUUCAUCAACAUCUGUCAUGAUCUCGAAGCACGAUGCGAAGGUGUAGAAGAGCCUCUGAGAUUAGAGCGACAGAAAUUCAAUGGCCUCGAGAAGCGGUAUGCAGGAUUGAACAAAGCGUACGGGGAGCUUGAGGGUCAAGUCAUGGAUAGAGACCUACGCAUCAACGCGCUCGAAGCAGAGAAUGAUCGCCACGAAAACGACUUGGCGGCUUCUUCUCAAGAGACGCGGGAUCUGAUGCAGCGAAUUGAUACGCUUGCGCGAGAGCUUCAAGAAGCUAAUCGCAAUGCUCAGUGUGAUAUCGAUCAGCUCAAGCAGGAAAGGCAAGACUUGGAAGUACAGCAUGCUACCGCUGUUGCCUGCAAGGAGGAGGCUUUC